UAGGCCAGGUCACCUUGGGCUUUUCUAGCUGGGGCAGCCUUAAUCCACAUCACCACCACACCAGCGGGCUCUUACUCUUCCCACAUUUACCAGACUUCCUCAUAGCCCUCAUUUUACAGCUGGGAAGACUGAGGCACAGAGGGCAGUCUAUACAGCCCAGUCUGUACAGUCCCCCUUGCUUUUCAGACUAGGGGUCCCGGUCUGCAAGUCUUCACGAGUCUGUAUCCCCUUCUGGACUGUGAACCCCUGAGGUCAGGAAGCAUGUGGGCUCCUCCUCGUCUACCUUUAAUACCCUGCUCAGUGCCAAGCACAGAUUCAAGAGCAAAGGAAUGUUUGUUGAAUGAAUAAACAAGAGCACAUCCAGCAGAAAGUGGAAAGGCGAGUGGCCCCAGGGCAUUAUGGGUAACCUCCUUCUCACUGGUACUCACCCCUAGAGGGCCCUGGUCAGGGAGGCAGAGGGUGUGAAGAUCCCAGAGGCUGACUUUAUGGUGCUGCCAGGGUAGUUGCUGGGUCCUCCUCUGCACCCCACUGUCGGUGUCUCUCUCACAGUGCUUGUCACAUUCCAUGGGUGAGUUUUGUGGCAGUAACACACAGAUGUGGGUUUUGGAGUCAAUCCCAGUGCGACCACUUAAAAUGGCUGAGCCUCAGUUUCCUCAUCUGGAAAUGUGACAUGAUAGCCUGUUAGUAAGUCGCUGUGAGGAUUAAGUGAGAUCACUCAGUAAUGCCCCCAGCCCAGGCCUGGCACAGAGUAGGUACCACCACAUACCAGCGGUGCGCCCUGGGGUGGGCACAGCCUUUCUCCAAGUCUCCACCUCUGCACCUGAAAAGGAAGUUGAGAGCCCCAGCAAUCAGGACGGGUGGUUUAUGGCACGCAGAGCGCAGCUGGCUCCUAGCAGGUGCUGGUUAAACACAGCUGGCAUUUACGGAGGGGCCCCUCCCUGCCAGGCACUGUCCCAGGUUGUUACACAUGGUCUGGUGUCAUUCUCGCAAUACUAGGGGUAGUUCCCACUACCAGCCCGCCGUACAGAUGAGGCCACGCAGUAUCAAGUGGCAGAGCUGUGUGCGAGGAGUUGAUGUUGAGUCGCCGUGGCAACCCCCCAGCCAUGUGUCCAGAGCUUCUUGAGGGUGGAGACGGGGCCUCUCUUUGGCCCCCUUGGGUGCCUGGUGCACAGUAGGUGUCCACUGGGGUUUGCUAAAUGGAAUAGAAGCUAUGACACCCCAUCUGCCACCACCUCUGGGUGUGAGGGAGAAAGGCCAGGGCCCUGAGUCCCUCUGAGCCAGAACAUGGCCCCCUGCCAGGCACCCUGGAUGGGUUGUGGCCGGCCUUUGCUCCCUUUUCCAGCCGGGUCUGUCCUACUGCCUGUGGAUGGCCCCGAUCCCCUGAGCAGGCCAGCCCCUCCUCUCCUUGGCAUCCCAGCCCUCAUUGGCUGCACGUCUCCCUGGAGACAAGGCACUAGCAGCCCAAACAUAGGCCACAGAGCUGUGCGCAGAAUGUUUCCUCCCUCUCCCCCUCCUGCCCCCUCCCCCUGACUGCCAUGAAGGAUCUGUUCCUCUCCCAGAACCAAGCCUGCUGGCAGGAGCACAUCCAGAAGGAGGCUGCCGCCCGAGUCGCCUGGAAGAUCAACUAUGGCCACAAGUACCCGAAGGAGGGGCCCAUACCCAGGAAGCGGCUCCAGCAGGCCCCACUCAGGUCAGCCUUGGGAGUGGGACCAAUGCCUGUCACCAGCUCCCAGGACAGCAAGGAGGUACAGGCUGGAUGGCCAGAGACUAAGGGGGUCUGGGAUCAGCUGUCCAGAGGAGUGGGUGUCCAGGACCCCCCGCCCAAGGGAGACAUCUCAGAAGCCCGAGGAGUAACUUGGGGGCCAGCAGGCCAGACCAAGCUAGAGGGCUUAAAAAUGAGGCAGGUCCCCCCGAGCACCCUGCAGCUGCUCUUUCAAGGCAUCUCCCACGACGGCCAAGGCCGGGCUUUGUACCUCCAGGAGCGGCAUCGGCAGAAGCCGGAGGAGAAGUAUCCAUACCCAAUCCUGUCAUCCUGGGAGUACGGCUGGCAUGUGGGGGGCGCCAUGGAGGACACCAGGGCUCCAACUUAUGCCAGGUCCCAGCCCAUCACCAAGACCUUUUACAUCAAAAAUACCGUCUUCCAUAUUCCACGGCGAACAGACCAGCUAAUGUGAACUCACUGAGGGUUCAGAAGCAGCUCCUUCCCGUUCCCAUAGUCUGUCUGGACCCUGCAGAGUAGAGAUGCUGCCAGCCCCACCCCCUUCCUCUGUGCUAUCGAGCCCUGCCUCCUCUGCUGAACGUGGAUGGAUGAGUGCUGCCCUAACGCGGGCCCACCUCUAGGAUUUGGGGUGGCCCACCUGCUGCCUCUUGUCUGCCCUUAAGGACCUCAGCUCCUGGCAGAGCUCCUCGCCCCCCACCAUCGCCAGCGCCUGCCGCUCUUCUGGGGGACACAGCGGAGUCUCGAAGUGCUCCAGCGCAGACCUGGGUGGGGAGGGGCUCGCUAAGUUCUGAAGGUGCUAAGGGGAAGGGGACUUCUCCCUGUCCUUCCUUCCUACCCUCUCUUGAAGGGAGCCCUAGCAGAAUUGCUUGGUCCCAGAGUAUCCCACAGUGUAGGGAAGAAGUAGUUUCCACGUUUACUUACUGCUUCUCUUACCCUCACGAACCGGCAUGGGUCAGGGUUGCCUCACUGCCCUAAGAAACAGCCCUAGAUCCCAGCUGUUAAUCCAAUAAAGACAUGUUUCAUACAGCA